UCAAAUGUCCGACCAAAUGUGCACUUACAAGUGAGGAAGAUCGAGCAUUUGCUCACAAGCUUCAAGGACCUCGAGUUCCUUGUGCCAGUAGGAAUGAAGGUGGGAGACAAGUUGAAGAAGCUCAUGGUGUUCUUUGACAGCAUCAAGGAGUCAAUCAAAGCUGCAGAAAUGCUGAGAGCAAGGCUCCUGCCCAAGGAACGUACCAAGAUCCGGUGGUUCAAUGCACGCAUGUCACCCGAGUUCCGUGAAGACGGGACACAGCAUUUCAAAGACGGUGAUGUGUAUGGUCUCUGUGUGACUGAUUCAUUUGGCAUGGGAGUUGAUGUGACAGACAUCGAGAUCAUUGUGCAGUGGCAAAUGUCCUGUGACAUGAACACACUGUGGCAGCGAUUUGGGCGAGCUGCAUGGGAUCAGUCACUUACUGCUAUAGCUAUCCUCCUUGUGGAGGCGAAGUACUUUGAUGAAGCAAAGCAAAAAGCAAAAAUCUGCUCAGAGAAGAAACACAAA